AUGUCCUCCGACAAGAGGAAGACGUACAAGGGCAACGACCAGAAGAUCUGGCGUGCCCUGUUCACGUACCUCAAGGCGACGUACCACUGGCCGGAGCUGACCCGGCUCAACGACAACUUCGGCCGGGCCAAGAUGGAGCAAGUCGCCCUGCACCACGGCUGGUUCAUCCAGUGGCCGCUGACCGAGGCCGAGGCCUCCCUCGCCAAGGGAGACUUCGGCCUCGAGGAGUGGCUCUACGCGUGGCCCCGCCUCCCAGCGGAGCCCAGAAUGGGGAAGUAUUCGUACUACCUGAUGCUGAAGGAAAAGUAUCCGGAGUGCGGCGACGACCUCAAGAAGGCCCACGACCUGGACAAUGGGCGGAUUGUCCUCGGUCGCAAGGGGAAUGGCCAGCAGGCCGCGACUCCCGCCCCCGCUCCCGCCCUCGCCCUCGCCCCGGCCCCUCCUCAGCAGGAGCAGCAGGAGCAGCAGCAAGCCCCGCCGGCAGCUCCUAUGCCGCCGGUCCAAGAGCCCGCCACAGGCUAUCUGCCUGACAUGGCGCUGGGCCUCGGCCACGCCGCCACUCGCUUCGUGGCUGAGGACUUCCCCAUGGCCGCGGCCAUGGAAGAAAACAUGACUGGAGACUAUCUCCAGCCCAUGCAGCCAGAAGGCGGUGCUCUCCAGACCGCCGACGACCCCGUCCUGGCCAUGGGCGAGGAGAUGCCCGGGGCCCAGAUGGACUUCCCGUGGGAGGAGCAGCCCGCCUACUUCCCGCAGGCCACGGGCGAGGCAAUGCCCGGCGGGAACCAGAUGGACUUCGCCUGGCAGGAGGCCGGCAACUUCUACCAGGCGGAACUCUUCGGCUUGCCGAUGGAUCCCCAGGGAGAGCUCCUGUUCCCGCCGCCGCCGGCUCAGCCGCAGCCCGACUUCUUUGAGCCGGCGGGCCCCGUGGACUCUCCGAUGGUGGGCUUUGCCCCCGCCUUCGGCCCUGCUCCUGCCCCUGGAAUUGGAAUGCCGAUGGAGUUUUUCCAGGGCGAGCCUUCCUUCGCGUCGGAGGAGUGGACGAACCAGGACGUCUUCGGCAUGAUGGCCGCGGCCGAGGGAAGUCGCGGGCCCCCGCCGCCUCCUCAAGGGCAGUAG